CAACUCCUCUGACUCCACCACUUCACAAGAUCAUCUCAUCUCAUCUCAUCUCACAUUGGACACCGUUGGUUUUCCAUAUUCACCCAUUCGUCCAUUAUUACCAACGUAUUGUUGCGCAUCCUAUGACAUCCAUAUCCCCUAAUUACACGCACCUCGCACCCCCGUACAAACGAUUGAAGAGAGAGAGAGAGAGAAAAUCACACGCCUGCCAGAUAUGCUAACCCUUUCCCUGUCAAUCUUGAAUCCCCAUGAAACACUUUUUAUCACCUCGAACCCUCCUUACAAUUUCCCAUGCUCCAACGGAUUCAACAACUUCAAUUCUUUAUCACACACACACAAACCCCCAGCCUACACCUCGCCCGGCUCCGCCCCCCGGAAACUACAACUCCCACAAAAGAAGCGAUUGAACAACCCCCCGACCGAUUUGACUGACGUAGAAAAGAGCAGAGGAUAUCCCGGUGAUGAAACACUCCCUCACUCCACCAAUGCAGGAAGACACCACAAUAGCACAAACGACAACACCCAGACAAUGUUACCUAACCCAAAGGGAAAAAAAAAACCAUCAACCAGACGAAGGAUACCGUGACGACGAUCCACUUCGAAAGGUCCAUACGCCGACCCCCCGUAUCCCAUCAAUCAGCAAUAUAUGCAGUUGCCAAACACCGAAUUUGAUUCCCGCCAAUUUUUCGUACCUUCCGUUCCAUGAGGUCGACCUCCUUUGU